AAUAUUAGAUGCUGUAAAUUAGUAGCUGCACUGACUAAUAACUGGUGGUUUGUCUGCUUAUGAAAGUGAAAGGCAGGCUUGAAUAAAAUGAAACUGAAAGUAGCUGCACAGUGACUCAUGAUUUAGCACUAAAGCAUCAAGCAGCAGCACAAACCUCUCUCUGCGUCUCAAGAUAAAAACCAGCCAGACGAUGGAUAGGUUUAUAGAUGAUUUCCAUAAGAAUCUUCGAAAGGAAGUAUCUGUCCUGAAGGCCACUUCCAUUGAGUAUUGUGAUUUCAUACUGUACAUCUGCCUCAUCACCUCUCGUGCUGGAACUGACAUUGAUGCUGCUAUCAGGAAUCUUAAUCACGUUGCAGCUGACAUACAAGUCAUCAUGGGAGUGCUUUUUCUCACAAUUGACCCUGAGAAAACCAUACCAGACACCAACAGUGCUAGAAAUGAAGAGAACAUAUAUUUUGUGGACUUUCUGUUCAACGAGGAUGAAGGGUUCAUGAAUUGUCAGAAGAAUAAAGAUGCAAUCAAGAAACUUGCGAGGUACAUGAAGUCCAAGAAUCUGACUUCAUAUUACUUGCAAAUUCAUGGAAGUUCACGUACAAGCUCAUACCAGGAUGGAGAAGAGAAGAACUCAGAGGCACAAAAUGGAUCCGGUGGAAUUUUAGAUCAUAUAAAAAAACAUCCUGUUGCUUUUGGUGUUAUUUUUGCCACAAUUGUAACUGGGGUAAUUAUAUGCAGAAAAGCAUGGAGAGCCAAAACAACACUAAUUUCAACACUUCCAACAGUGUUGCACUUUGUUCCACACAUAGACAGAUCACACAUCUACAGAUGUUUUGACAAUUGAACUUGAUGUUUCAUCAGAGCCAUUUGAAAGUUCAAUAUAGUGUCACUCUGAUUACAAUUUAAACCCUAAAGGGCAACUUGGCUGGCAAAUCUUUCACGUCUAAUGUUUCUUUGGUCACCAAUACCAAAGACAGCAGUUUGAAUGAAGGUAUAAAUGCUGUAACCGUGUAUGAAAACAAACUGGACCUUGGAAUUCUCAUCAAGCAUGUCCUGUGAAUGAUAUGCUUCCCAGCCACAGGAUGACCUUUUUAUCCAUGACGAUGUAGCAGCUGCUGAUCGCUCGUCUGGUGGUUCAUGAUGCAAGGACAUUUGGUAGCUGAUUCUCAUCUUAAAACUCUUCAAGACUCCAGCAUGACUGAGAGAAAUGUUUAAAAAACAAAUUGCAAUCCCCACCCACAUUUCUUCAGUUUCAGAUCGCUAUAGCUGUCUCUCCAGAACCCUCAAUUUAACACAACAUUUAACAUUUUUUAUUGAUGCAGACUUCCCACAAAUAUGCCCUACAGUGUAAUAAAUAUCCAUAAGCUAUCCAUAA